ACACACACACACACUCCCAUACACAUUCGCACCAGCUGUGCUGUUGUCAGUCUUGGAAUGUAAGCUCUGCCGUGAGGAGUCAGAUUCUCCAGCGCUAAGCACUGCUCAGGAGUAGGAACACAGUACCGAGCACUCAGUGACACAGAUGGAUGCUAAGCUGUGAACAUCACAAAAAGGAAUCUGACGGACAUCCCGGAGAGGAAUACAAUGUCUGUUCUGGUGACACGGCCUUCCAGUGCUCGUCCCAUCACAACCCUGUUACCAUAAUUCAGAAGUCACCCAGGACGUCCCCCCAGCUGAGUGGAUACCAUGGUAACCAAUCAGGUUCUGCUCCUCCUGAUGCUCUCUAUCCUGUGGCCCAGUAGCGCCCUGCCCUUCACACCCGGGAAUAUUGGGAAACUGUUUGGGAUGGCAGAGAGCGAUGGGCGGAUUCUCCAGCGCUCCAAACGUGGAUGGAUGUGGAAUCAAUUCUUUCUGCUCGAGGAAUACGCAGGAAAUGACCAUCAAUAUGUCGGCAAGCUGCACUCCAACAUGGACAAAGGGGAGGGCAACGUGAAGUACGUCCUGACGGGAGAAGGGGCGGGCACCCUGUUCCUGAUCGACGAGAAGUCCGGGGACAUUCACGCCACCAAGAGGCUGGACAGGGAAGAGAAAGCUAUGUACACGCUCGUCGCCAAAGUCCUGGACAGGAACACCAACUCAGAGCUGGAGCCCGACACCGAGUUCAACAUCAAAAUUCACGACAUCAACGACAACGAGCCAAAGUUUGCGAAAGACAUCUACUUCGCCAGCGUCCCUGAAAUGUCAGAAGUUGGUACAUCUGUUGUCACCAUCACUGCCAACGAUGCCGACGAUCAAACGUAUGGGAACAGUGCCAAGCUAGUAUAUAGCAUUCUGCAGGGACAACCAUAUUUCUCUGUGGAUUCUGAAAAUGGCACCAUUAAGACAGCCCUGCCCGGCAUGGACCGAGAGGUCAAGGAACACUACCAGGUGGUGAUCCAGGCCAAAGACAUGGCCGGACAGAUGGGUGGACUUUCAGGAACCACCACCGUCAGCAUCACUCUCUCUGACGUGAACGACAGCCCGCCGCGCUUCGCCAACCAUUCCUUUCGUAUGACUGCCGUGGAGUCGACGGAGAUCGGAGGAGCGAUCGGCCGCAUCAAGGCCGACGAUCCGGAUGUUGGGCGUAACGCGGAGAUGGAGUACAGCAUCGUGGGAGGUCACGACAUGUUCAACAUCAUCACCGACCAGACGACACAGGAGGGAAUCAUCAUCAUCAAAAAGGCCCUGGAUUAUGAAAGUAAGAGGGACUACGAGUUCAGAGUGGAGGUGAAAAACACCUACUUGGACGCCAGGUUCAUCCACGGCCUGCAGUUCAAAGACUACGCCACGGUCAAGAUAACCGUGGAGGAUGUGGACGAGUCCCCCGUCUUCACCCGGAACCCUUACGUCAUCGAGGUGCACGAGGACACGGCGGCCGGCAGCUUCGUCGGCGUGGUGUCGGCCAGGGACCCCGAUGCCGACAACAAGCCAGUCAAAUACUCAAUCGAUCGUCACACGGAUCUGGAGAGGUUGUUCAACAUCGACUCGGUGAACGGCACCAUCACCACCAUGAAGGCACUGGACCGAGAGAUGUCCAAAUGGCACAACAUCUCUGUGGUGGCAACGGAAAUAAAUAAUCCCCGUCAGACAACGCGAGUGCCCGUGUUCAUCAAGGUGUUGGACGUCAACGACAACGCUCCCGAGUUCGCGAUGUCCUACGACACGUUUGUCUGUGAGAACGUCAAAGCAGGACAGCUGAUUCAGACAAUCAGCGCUGUGGACACGGACGAACCCCUCGUCGGACACAAGUUCGUCUUCAGUAUGAGCGCCACCAACCCCAACUUCACCAUCGACGACAGACAAGAUAACACCGCCAAUAUCCUGACGCGGAGGGGAGGCUUCAGUCGACGCGAGAUGAGCGUGUACUUCCUGCCCGUGGUGAUCUCCGACAACGACUACCCCAUCCAGAGCAGCACCAGCACGCUAAUCGUGCGCGUGUGCGCGUGCGACAGCCGCGGGAACAUGCAGUCGUGCAACUCGGAGGUCCUGCCCUUCUCAGACGGCCUCACCACGGGAGCGCUGGUGGCCAUACUGCUCUGUGUCAUCAUCCUCCUCAUGAUCGUGGUGCUGUUCGCUGCCCUGAGGAGACAGAGGAAGAAGGAGCCUCUGAUCAUCUCAAAGGAGGAUGUCAGAGACAACGUUGUCAGUUACAACGAUGAAGGGGGCGGAGAGGAGGACACUCAGGCCUUUGAUAUCGGCACACUGCGCAACCCAGAGGUGAUGGAUGCUAACAAGCUGCGCAGGGACAUCAUACCCGAAAUGCUGUUUCCCUUUCGGAGGACAUCACCUAUAAAGGAUAACGCGGAUGUCAGAGACUUCAUUAACGGGAGGCUUCAGGAGAACGAUACGGACCCCACGGCGCCCCCUUACGACUCCCUGGCCACGUACGCGUACGAGGGCAGCGGGUCGCUGGCAGAGUCCCUCAGUUCACUGGAGUCCGGGGCCACUGAGGGGGACCAGGAUUACGAUUACCUCAGCAACUGGGGGCCACAAUUCAAAAAGUUGGCAGAGAUGUACAUAGGGAAGAGCCCUGACAGAGAGACCUAGAAGAAGCCAGGGGCGUCUCUCUUUUAUUCAGCCCAUUUAUUUCUCGUCUGUUCAUCUAGCUCUCUGGCCGGACAGCGAUUUUUGUCUCGUUAGUUAGCUACUCAGCUAGUUGACUGUCCGUCUACCUAUCUAUCAAGCUAUCUAUCUGUUUAUCUGUCUGGUUUGCUAGCUAGUCCGCUGGUUAACUAGUUGUCUAUUUGAUUCUCAUUCACAUGCAUCGCCUCGUGUGGAUGCUGAAAACGGAAAUCAAGACUUGAACUGAGUUAAAGUUUUUUCUCAUAAACGCGGAUACAGUAUAAUUCUCCACUGUUUUUUGGUCAUAUUCAGUAAAGAUGCCUUUCGACUUUUAGGAUUUUUUGUGAACAAUGGUGUGGACAUUGUGUUUUGUAAGUGACCUGAGGGAUAGUAGUAUUGUAUACUAUCGAUGUUAAAUGGCACCGGACUGGGUUUGGGGCG